UGGUCGCGAGAACCGAUGAAAUGUUCGGGUGCUACGGUGACAGCUACUCGUACCGCCUGUGGAGCCUGGCCAACGUGUGGGGCGCCUGCCGAUGUGAGUAGCGCCUGGAACUCUCCGCGAUCGUGUAGUAUAGUGCGUAGUGAACCCGUGUCGCUAGAUGAAAGUGCACAGCUCUAUGGGAGUUAGUUGGUAUGAGAGCUUGGCCGCCGGUUGGCUCGCGGACAUGAGGAGUAAGCAGGUCCCGACCUCCACCACUUCGGCCAGGCGGCUGGCCGCUUUAAUCCGACCGCUGGCGGGUGGGGGUCCGGAGGGCAAGCCAUCGGAGGAAGAGGAAGACAGAGGUGGAUCUCCCCUGGGACCAGGCGGUCCGUUCACCUGCAGCCAAUGCCGCGGAGCCUACCCCACGCGCGAGCAGCUCGAGCGCCACGAAACGCUGCACGCGCCCAGCACUCAGGUGGAUAACCUCAUCUAUACAUGCAAAAUCUGCCACAAGAGCUUCAUGAACGUUUAUCGACUACAACGGCACAUGAUAAGCCACGACGAUAGCGCGCAACUACGAAAGUAUAAAUGCAACGACUGCGAUAAGGCGUUCAAGUUUAAGCAUCACCUCAAAGAACACACGAGAAUCCACAGCGGAGAGAAACCCUUCGGAUGUGCCAAUUGCGGCAAACGAUUCUCCCAUUCUGGAUCCUACUCUUCGCAUACGACUUCCAAAAAGUGUCUCGUUAUGAACCUCAAAAUGGGCAAAAUAAAGCCCAACAACCCUGCUCUCAACCCAGCUCGAAGUCCUUCAAGGAAGCGAGCCAACGCUAUGGUCGCUAGUCAACUAAAUAAUAACAUCGCGAAUGGAAACGGAUUUCUUCCCAUUUUGCCAAAAUACAAUGAGAUUUUUGCAAACUUUUCUGCACAAGAGAAUAAUUUCCAUCGUCCAUUAGCGCAACAAAUUGCUCCAUUUUAUGUUCCUCCGGGGUUGCCCAUGAGUCCUGCCAGCGGUAUCACUCCAUAUAGCUUCCCCACAUCGCUUACCCAAUUUUUGGAAUUUGCUCAGCAAUACCAACAGAGAAAAUUGGAGAGCCCCAGCCCGAAACAAUUCAGCACACCUUCCGGCGAUCCCGAAGACCUAAUAGAAGAGGUAACUGAGGAAGAAGACAAAAGGUCCGACGGUAGUGCUGAAUUGGUCAUGGAUAUCGAAGAUGACAACAACGUAUCUAUUAAAAAAGAGAAAGAGGAAAAAGAUCAAAGGUCCCCAUCCCGUUCUUUUGAUUCCGUCCCAUUAAAUAAUAACACUCCGAAGUCAGAAAAUCAAUCUGGUUUUAACACUUUAAUGGAAUCGGUCAAUGCAUCGGUGACUAAGCACUUUUUUAAAACAGACGUUGAGAAAUUAUCACCAGUCCCUAGUUUACCUUCACCUCCUACUCACGUUAUUGUUAAAGAUGAGCCUGAAGAUAGCUCAAUGCAUAAGUGUUUAAAAUGUAACUUAACUUUUAAUGACAAAAAUGACCUGUUAGAGCAUGAGAGAGCUCUUUGCGGCAACAUGUUCAGGAAACACGAAGGUUUAGUUGCACAAAUGGCAGAAACUGUAGCUCUUAAUAGAAUAGAGGCAGAGAUGAGGGCAUCUAUUCAAAGUGGAGCUAGUGAUGAAGAAGAUUAUGGGAAAGAUGAUCGAGAUGACAAAGGGUCAGUUCACGAUGGUGAUAGAAAAAUUAGGGUCCGGACAGCUUUAAGUGAAGAGCAGCAAACAGUAUUGAAAGAACAUUAUGCUGUAAAUCCCAGACCGAACAGAGACGAAUUUAAAAAGAUUGCGCAUCAAAUUGGGCUUGACAGUAGAGUAGUACAAGUGUGGUUCCAAAAUAAUAGAGCUAGAGUUCGAAAGAUGACCCAAGCGAUCGGAAUUGCAGAUCAGCCGCUGGAUUUAUCGACGAAGAAAUCCAGCGCAUCGGUAACGUCAAGUCCAUCGCCGUCACCGUGCAGUAUCUCUGUCACACAUUCCGAUUCCGAAGAAGCUGUGAACUUGAGUCAAAAGUCUUCACGUAGUACGACACCUCAUCGGUCUAAUUAUUUAAACGCGUACCCACAUUCCAAUUGCUCAUCAUCAUCUUUCACCGAUUUCCGGUUAUCGCCCUCACCCGGUGAAAUAAUAAAUGGCCAGAAACGUCUUUUGCCUCAAAAGUUGGCGAUAAAUCCAUCGAUUCCAAUGGAUAAGCUCCUCCAAUACAACGAUAUCGCUAAUGGACGACAGGCCAUGCUAAAUUUGAACAUGGCGUUGGACAAUCGACAAGGGUCCAGUCCGGCCUACGACCGCAACGCCUGGGGUGAAGACAUAAAAAUGAGUAACGACUACGAUGACGAAGCAUCUGUACUUAAGAAGAGCAAGCUCAAGGCAGGAAAUGACAUCAAAGAGGGAGAAGGGCAGUUCGUGUGUGAUCAGUGCGACAAAACCUUUGUAAAACAAAGUUCUCUUGCUCGACACAAAUAUGAACACUCAGGACAACGUCCAUACAAAUGCGCUGAAUGUCCAAAGGCGUUCAAGCACAAACAUCACCUCACUGAGCACAAGCGUCUCCACACAGGAGAGAAACCCUUCCAGUGCUGCAAAUGUCUGAAGAAGUUCUCCCACUCUGGCUCCUACAGCCAGCACAUGAACCACAGGUUCGCCAUCUGCAAGCCCUAUAGAGAUUAAUUAAUUUCCAUCUAGUUUAAUAGGACAUUAGCUUCAAAUUAUGUCAAACUUAUUAGUUAGUUGGUUAUACUCUUUGCAUAUUGCUGACCCGUUUUGGUAGUCACCUCUUUGACUACUGAGCGUGAAGACAAAAAGGGUUUCGGAUUCUACCAAUUUGUGAACACUGAAAUAUAAAGUAUUGAAUGCUCGGUAUUUUUGUUGGAAUAUAAUAUAAUUAUUUAAGGUCGUUGUUGCUCAACAUAUAUUUUUGUAGUACCUACUUAGUGCUCGAAUUAUACAAAGAUUUUGUGCCAAAGAAAACCAAAGAUUUGUCUGUAGGUAUCUGGUAUACCGAAUCAUUAUUUUUAUCCGUUCUUUGUUACCCAAAGAUCCGGUACCUGUGGCAUAAUACUCGUAAAUAAUUUUCUUUAUAUUAUAAUAAUUAGAGUAGACUUAAUUUUAUUAACAGAUUAUAAUGAUAACCGUGUAAAAAUUAAAAAAAGGUUCAUAAGCGUGAGAUCUAGGAGGACGAUAUAAAUAGUGUAAAGAUCACAAUUCUCUGAUCGAAAUAUUUAGUCGUACAAUUAAUAACAAUAUACGUACAAAAAAGUACACGAAGUAUGCAUAAGUUUGCAGAUAUACGAAAGAAAUACCACUACAAUACUAAAAUACACAUGUAAACUGGCCUAGAGAAAAACAAUCAGUAUUUCAAAGAAAUCAAACACUGGUGCGAGACCAACGUUUGUUAAAAAUAGUAGUUUAGGCUUCUUGUAUUUUAGUUUAAGUGUAGGAGUAUGUGUAAGUUUAAAAUUUUAAUCAUUCCAUAAUGCUGGGAGUAUGGGAUCUCUGCUGUUUAAAUCUUGAUUAAUCGAAUAGUAGUCUAAGUUGUAAAUACUCGAUGUAAAUAUAUUACUUUUCUGUAAAUAUGUCCGCUAGUUUGAAGUAACAUGGCGUAGAGCCGAUUCUUAACAAUGAAUACUGACAAUAAUAAAAGAACAUCUAUUUGAUCGCAAUAGAAUAUAUUUAUAAUCGUAAUGUAAAAUAAAUUCCAUUUAAAUUGUUGGUAUUUGUAUAAUUUACAUAAGGACAAUUAAUGACGCUUCGCCAUGUCGCCUAGAUAGACUUUUGUUCAUUCGAAGUACUUAAUUUUUGUAGGUACUAAAAAUUAUGGUAUUCAUAAUGUUAUGUUAGUAGAAAAUAAUUCCUUUAAUUUUACAUCUGAAAAAUCUCUGAUUUUAUGCUGACGAUACCCACAGAUCCAUUUCGAACACUCGUUCUGUUUUCUACCAUGGAUUUAAAACACUAGACAGGCCUGUUUCACCACGUUCUGAUAAGUGCCGGAUAGGCAAUCCACCACUUAACUUGACAGUUAUAGAGUAUGGAGAAUUUGUCAAAAAAGUCGUGGAUAGCCUAUCCGGCACUUUGUCAGGAAGUGCUGAAACAGGCCCCUAAGCAGAGUGGAGCCGUACUACCAAAUGUCUGUAAGAAAGUCACUGUCUUAUUAUUUUACUUGAAGAGCCUAGAUUUUAGUCCAUGGUCAUCCCAAACCGCAGUAUAUUAGAACAGAAAGUUCCUAAGCAAAUACUCUAAGAUACUGAUUUAUUGAUAUUUUGUAAUUAUAAGUAGGUAAAUAAUUUAAAAAGGUUUCUAAUCAACGAAUUAAAUAAACGCAACCAUUGUAUUUAAUAUUCACGAUUAAAUGCUUAAGCGCCAUUUAGAUGUAGAAACGUCAUUUAAAACAUACACUCUUGUUCAUAAAAAUAAUAAAGAUCGAAUCCAUGGAAAUAAUAUAGAUGAAGAAUAGAUCGUUCAGGAGUCUUUGAUAAAUACUUAAAAACUUCGCUCUACAUGAACAUCAGACUUUAUCGUUUAAGUUUCUAUGAAUGAGGAAAGGAUAAUUGAUAUUUAGUUACCAAUUUUCAUUUCACUCUUCAGAAAAACUAUUUUAGUACAGGCAUUAUGCAUUUACAGCUGAUAAAAUUUUAAAUUUUCUGACCUAUCUUAAAGUCUCUAUUUCUGCUCUACCACGCAGAUUUAUGUCUGACAGAAUGUUGCAAAGAAUUAAUACACAUUGCAUAAUGCAACUUAUGACAUUGUUUAUAGUCAUCCAGAAAACUCCACUUGUGAAAUUUGCAUAGUGCAUUCUAAUAUACAUACGCACCUUUGUAAGUUGUGCCAAAAAGCGAAGAUAUUAUUACCUAAUACUUUACAGUAUUUAGCAUACAGUUUUAAAUUUUGUGCCAAAAAGUUAAACGAUACGUAGUUAUAAAUUACCUUAACGAAAUUAUUGUAAUCGAAGUAAGCCUGUUUGAAUUAUUAUUAAUUAAUAUUUUAUUUUAAUUUUAUUGUAAGUGAUUCGAGAAUUACCGGUGGGCUAGACAAACCAAAGCUUAGUUACGAGUUAUGAUGUGGACCUGUACAUAAAAUAUCCCAUCAGUAGAAUAUAAGUUUUGUGCCAAAGUUAAUUUUAGGAUUUCUGAAAUAAUAUAUUAUGUAAUUAAGACGAAAUUUUAUUUUUAUUUUUUUACACUAGGCAUUCUGUACUAUGGCAGUAUAUAGUUAUGUUCUUGUGCAAUACAAUAUUGCAAAGAAAAUAUAUCUUCCAUUUUUUUUUGUAUUUUAGAGGCUAAGUGAUCGUGAAUUCCUAUUGCCAUAAUAUUAUUAAAGUAAGUUUGUUGUAAAUUGGUGCGUUUGCGAGUGUGGUGGCGCUGUCUUGUUGUAAGCCAGAUAAUAGAUUGUUAAACUUAACUAUAGAUUAACAUGUGUUAAAAUAUUGCCUAUAUAAAUUAUAGUAAUUCAUUUUACUUGAUAUUAUAAUGUAUAUUGAAUUUAUGAAUAUUAAAAAUAUAUAUAUUGACAAUUCGAUGCAUUUGUGUGUCUUAUUUCA